UCUUCGAACCUUUUACGCAUAUUCCUUUUUCCGUUUUCUUUUCAAGUUUGAUGAAUAUAGAAAAUCCAACAUUCUCCGACUCACUCAAUCGAAUUCUGUUAAGCUCUCCAACCAAACGGAGCGUAAUUAAAAAAUUGAACAAUUUUGAGAAGGCAAUGAAGUUCAGCAAGUUAUAGUCGAAGAGCGUUACUUGGAACAGUUUACUGACUACUUGCGAAGUGUAGUUUAUCUGUUAAUUGCAAAAUUCUCCACUUUAGUUGUUGAAUUGAUUCUUAUGUGUUCAUAUUAAGCAAUCUCUUGACAUUGUUUGAUGUACUGAUCAUAGUUUGAAGAUGGGAGUUACAGAAAACAGUUCUGACAUGGAGGAAACGCUAAUAGGAAUGGAGUACAGAACAGUCUCUGGUGUUGCAGGGCCCCUUGUUAUUCUUGACAAAGUAAAGGAUAAUAUUGUUUUUUCAUGGGCUGGUAUCAUACUCUCUUGGAAUGUUAAGGGUCCUAAAUACCAGGAGAUUGUCAAUAUUCGCCUAGGAGAUGGAACAACCCGACGUGGUCAAGUCUUGGAAAUUGAUGGGGAGAAAGCUGUUGUGCAGGUAUUUGAAGGAACAUCUGGAAUUGACAACAAAUACACAACUGUGCAAUUUACCAGGGAGGUUUUGAAAACUCCAGUCUCAAUGGAUAUGCUUGGACGCAUCUUUAAUGGUUCUGGAAAGCCCAUAGAUAAUGGACCUCCAAUCUUGCCUGAGGCUUUCCUAGAUAUUUCUGGAAGCUCCAUUAACCCUAGUGAGAGAACCUAUCCCGAAGAGAUGAUACAAACGGGGAUUUCAACAAUUGAUGUUAUGAAUUCCAUUGCUCGUGGACAGAAGAUCCCUCUCUUUUCUGCUGCUGGUCUUCCUCAUAAUGAAAUAGCUGCUCAGAUCUGCCGUCAGGCUGGUCUUGUUAAACGGUUGGAAAAGUCAGACAAUCUCAUGGAGGAUAAAGAAGAGGACAACUUUGCCAUUGUGUUUGCUGCUAUGGGUGUAAACAUGGAGACGGCUCAAUUUUUUAAGCGAGAUUUUGAGGAGAAUGGAUCGAUGGAGAGAGUGACCCUGUUCCUAAAUCUGGCCAAUGACCCCACCAUUGAGCGCAUUAUUACUCCUCGAAUUGCCCUCACGACUGCUGAAUACCUAGCAUACGAAUGUGGGAAGCAUGUCCUAGUCAUACUUACAGAUAUGAGCUCUUAUGCUGAUGCUCUUCGUGAGGUAUCUGCUGCCCGAGAGGAAGUGCCUGGAAGGCGUGGGUAUCCUGGGUACAUGUAUACUGAUCUGGCAACAAUUUAUGAGCGUGCUGGACGUAUUGAAGGAAGGAAGGGCUCGAUCACACAAAUUCCUAUAUUAACUAUGCCUAAUGAUGAUAUCACGCAUCCUACUCCAGAUCUCACAGGUUAUAUUACUGAGGGGCAGAUAUACAUUGAUAGGCAGCUCCACAAUCGGCAGAUAUAUCCACCUAUCAACGUACUCCCAUCACUUUCUCGUUUAAUGAAGAGUGCUAUUGGUGAGGGAAUGACUCGUCGAGACCAUGCUGAUGUCUCUAACCAGUUAUAUGCAAAUUAUGCCAUUGGAAAGGAUGUUCAGGCAAUGAAAGCCGUGGUUGGAGAAUAAGCACUUUCUUCUGAGGAUCUGGUUUGUCUGUCUCGCUCUAUGUGUGUGUCUUUAUUUGGAGUUCCUAGACAAAUUUGAAAGGAAAUUUGUUUCCCAAGGGGCAUACGACACUCGGAACAUUUUUCAGUCACUUGAUUUGGCUUGGACACUGCUUCACAUCUUCCCCCGUGAGCUUCUCCACCGUAUACCAGCAAAGACACUAGACCAGUACUAUAGUCGCGAUGCAACAAACUCAGAUAGAACGUGAUCUCACAUAUCUUUCAUUUGAAUUUAACAGUUCACUACUGAGCGGCCAUGUUGUUUGGCUGCAUGAAUCACUAGAAUAAGUGUCCAUGUAUAGUAGGAAACAUCUUUUUCUCUUAUUUGUAUGUCUGUGAAGAUCCCUUGAUUUGGUAGCGAUUUAACUUUUCGUAACAAAUGUAAUUUAGACUUAUAUUUGGCAUUGCCUGGUAUAUCCUUGUAAUAAGUUGUACAAAUGGCAUUGUCUUUGAAAUAAGUGUUAGGAACAAAUGAGAUUUAUUCCAACUUUUCAAAUGUGUGUUAUUUCUAUGGUGUAC